AAGCUCGGGUAUGAGAGAGGAUGGAGCCACUUCUAGGAACACAGGCGCUCCCAGAACCUCCAGCGGCUCUCAGCGAACCCCACGCUACUAGGGCGAGACGGGGCGGGGCCGUCUUGAUCCCGCCUUCCAUGUCCUGUCCGCCUAUAGCCGGGACUCGCCCCGAGUGAUGCUCCUGUGGUCCUCCUUCCUCGGCCAAUGGGAAGACGAGGAGACGCCAUGUUGAGUGUGUCUGAGGGACUGGCAGGAGAGGUCCGCAGGUGUCGCCUCUCUCCGGGGUUAAGUGUUUGGGUGGGGGCUCUCGGUGCAGCAGACACGAGCUGCGUCCCGCACCACGGCCAUGGGUGCGCGGUCGGUCAUUCUCGGCAUCGACCUGGGCACCACGUCUGUGAAGGCGGCCCUGGUGGAGGCCGCGCCGGGCGAGCCAUCCGGGUUCGUGGUACUGGCGAGCUGUAGCCGGGCUGCGCGGGCUGAGGCAGCGGCCCAGAGCGCGGCGGCCGGGCCCCAGGGGCGGGAGCAGGAUGUGAGUAGAAUCACCCAAGCCCUAAACGAGUGCCUUGCUGCCCUUCCCCGGCAGCAGCUCCGGAGAGUUGGCAGCAUCGGAGUGUCAGGACAGAUGCAUGGAGUUGUGUUUUGGAAAAAAGGUAAAGGCUGUGAAUGGACAGAGGGAGGGGCUGCCCCUGUGUUCGAGCCCAGAGCUGUGAGCCAGCUGGUCACCUGGCAGGAUGGUCGGUGCAGCAGCAGGUUCCUGGCUUCUCUUCCCCUGCCGGAGUCCCAUUUCAGUGUGGCCACAGGGUUUGGCUGUGCAACUAUUUUCUGGCUUUUGAAAAAUAGCCCAGAGUUCCUGAAGUCCUACGAUGCAGCUGGCACCAUCCAUGACUAUGUGGUGGCCAUGUUGUGUGGCUUGCAAAGACCCCUGAUGUCAGACCAGAAUGCUGUUAGUUGGGGAUAUUUCAACACACAGAGCCAACGCUGGAACUUGGACAUACUGAGGGCCUCAGGCUUUCCCAUCCACCUGCUCCCAGACAUUGCUGAGCCUGGAAGUGUGGCAGGCAGAACUUCCCACGCAUGGUUUGAAAUCCCAAAGGGGACAGAGGUGGGCGUGGCCAUGGGCGAUUUACAGUGCUCAGUCUAUUCCUGCAUGGCCCACAGGACAGAUGCAGUUCUCAACAUCAGCACCUCGGUUCAGUUGGCAGCCUCCAUGCCUUCAGGGUUCCAGCCGGUGCAGACUCCAGAUCCUUCAGCUCCAGUCGCCUACUUCCCGUACUUUGAUGGGUCCUACCUCGGGGUGGCAGCCUCACUCAAUGGGGGCAAUGUGCUGGCCACAUUCGUCCACAUGCUGCUUCAGUGGACGGCAGAUCUAGGCCUGGCGGUCGAAGAGUCUACUGUGUAUUCCCGCAUGAUCAAGGCAGCUGCCCAGCAGAAAGACACCUGCCUCACCAUCAACCCAACAAUGUUGGGAGAGAGGCACCUUCCGGACCAACUGGCCUCAGUGACCAGGAUCUCCUCCUCGGAUCUCUCCCUGGGCCACGUGACCCGCGCCCUGUGCCGAGGCAUUGUCCAGAACUUGCACUCGAUGCUUUCAUUUCAGCAGCUCAAGGAGUGGGGUGUGGAGCGGGUGAUCGCGAGUGGGAGUGCGCUGUCCAGGAAUGAGGCUGCUUCUUGGGCCACAGAGGGUCUCGCAAGGAUGAAGAAAUGUGGUAGCUCAGACUCGGGGGAGCCCAAGAACCUGCACCAAGAGGACCCCCUGGAUGGUGACCCUAACUCCAAGCCACCUCCAGCCAAGCCCCACAUCUCCACAGCCAGGAGCCGCACCCGGCUCUUUGGGAGGGGAGACUCGGAGGAGGCUACCCCUAUGGAUUGCUCUUACGGGGAAGGCAAGCCUGCCUCCUGCCCGGCCAUCAACAUCUGCCCUGCUGCCAUCCUCCAGAGGCUGGGGGAUGGCCCCACCUGUGUCAGGCAGCUGUCCCAGGACUCUGUUGUUAUCACCACCGAGAAGUCCCUCAAGCUCUAUGAUCGUAGGAAGAUCUUUGAAGCCGUUGCUCAGAAUAACUGCGAGGAGCUGGAGAGCCUGCUGUUCUUUCUGCAGAAGACCAAGAAGCACCUGACAGACAGCGAGUUCAAAGACCCUGAGACAGGAAAGACCUGUCUGCUGAAAGCCAUGCUCAACCUGCAUGAUGGGCAGAACAACACCGUCCCCCUGCUCCUGGAGAUUGCCCGGCAGACGGACAGCCUGAAAGAGUUUGUCAACGCCAGCUACACUGACAGCUACUACAAGGGCCAGACUGCACUGCACAUUGCCAUUGAGAGGCGGAACAUGGCCCUGGUGACCCUCCUGGUGGAGAAUGGAGCAGAUGUCCAGGCUGCAGCCAAUGGGGACUUCUUUAAGAAAACCAAAGGGAGGCCUGGCUUCUACUUUGGUGAGCUGCCCCUCUCUCUGGCCGCAUGCACCAACCAGCUGGGCAUCGUGAAGUUCCUGCUGCAGAACUCGUGGCAGCCGGCAGACAUCAGCGCCAGGGACUCGGUGGGCAACACAGUGCUGCACGCUCUGGUGGAAGUGGCUGACAACACAGCUGAUAACACCAAGUUUGUGACGAGCAUGUACAAUGAGAUUCUGAUCCUGGGGGCCAAACUCCACCCUACGCUGAAGCUGGAGGAGCUCACCAACAAGAAGGGGCUGACACCACUGGCUCUGGCUGCCGGGAGCGGGAAGAUUGGGGUCUUGGCCUAUAUUCUCCAGAGGGAAAUCCAGGAGCCCGAGUGCAGACACCUGUCGAGGAAGUUCACCGAGUGGGCCUAUGGGCCGGUCCACUCCUCUCUCUACGAUCUGUCCUGCAUCGACACCUGUGAGAAGAACUCAGUGCUGGAGGUGAUCGCCUACAGCAGCAGUGAGACCCCCAAUCGCCAUGACAUGCUCUUGGUGGAACCACUGAACCGCCUCCUGCAGGACAAAUGGGACAGAUUUGUCAAGCGCAUCUUCUACUUCAACUUCUUCGUCUACUGCUUGUAUAUGAUCAUCUUCACCUCCGCUGCCUACUACAGGCCUGUAAACGGCUUGCCUCCCUAUAAGCUGAAGAAUACCGUGGGAGACUAUUUCCGAGUCACUGGAGAGAUUCUGACUGUAUUAGGGGGCGUCUAUUUUUUUUUUCGAGGGAUUCAAUAUUUCCUGCAGAGGAGGCCGUCCCUGAAGACCUUGUUUGUGGACAGCUACAGUGAGAUGCUUUUCUUUGUGCAGUCACUGUUCAUGCUGGGGACUGUGGUGCUGUACUUCAGCCACCGCAAGGAGUACGUGGCUUCCAUGGUGUUCUCCCUGGCCAUGGGCUGGACCAACAUGCUCUACUAUACGCGUGGCUUCCAGCAGAUGGGCAUCUAUGCCGUCAUGAUUGAGAAGAUGAUCCUGAGAGACCUGUGCCGUUUCAUGUUUGUCUACCUCGUUUUCUUGUUCGGGUUUUCCACAGCGGUGGUAACACUGAUUGAGGACGAGGACGGAAAGAGUAACUCUACGCCUGAGUCCACAGCGCACAGGUGGCGGGUGCCUGGCUGCCGGCAAGCCGACAGCAACUACAACAGCCUGUACUCCACGUGUCUGGAGCUGUUCAAGUUCACCAUCGGGAUGGGCGAUCUGGAGUUCACCGAGAACUAUGACUUCAAGGCCGUCUUCAUCAUCCUGCUACUGGCCUACGUGAUCCUCACGUACAUCCUGCUGCUCAACAUGCUCAUUGCCCUCAUGGGCGAGACCGUCAACAAGAUCGCGCAGGAGAGCAAGAGCAUCUGGAAGCUGCAGAGAGCCAUUACCAUUCUGGACACAGAGAAGAGCUUCCUUAAAGGUAUGAGGAAGGCCUUUCGCUCAGGCAAGCUGCUGCAGGUGGGGUACACCCCCGAUGGCAAAGAUGACAACAGGUGGUGUUUCAGGGUGGAUGAGGUGAAUUGGACCACCUGGAACACCAAUGUGGGCAUCAUCAAUGAAGAUCCAGGCAACUGUGAGGGCGUCAAGCGGAACCUGAGCUUCUCCCUGCGGGCGGGCAGAGUUUCAGGGAGAAACUGGAAGAACUUUGCCCUGGUUCCCCUUUUAAGAGAUGCAAGCACUCGGGAAAGGCCCCCUGCCCAGCCUGAGGAAGUUCAUCUGAGGUCUUUUGCAGGGUCCCUUAAGCCGGAAGAUGCUGAAGUCUUCAGGGAUUCCACUGCUUUAGGGGAGAAGUGAGGGACCCUCCCUGGGUGCUCUUGAUGCUGGGCCUUGGCUGCCCUCUGUCGCUGGGGCAUUGCUGAGGGACCCCCAGAGCUCUUGGAAGCUGCCCAGCCUGGUCUGUGCCUGCCCCAGCCCUUUCCUAGGAUGGCACUGGACAAGCAUUAUGCUAUUCCCCAAAGAAAAACUAUUUCCUCCUUGGGAAAGGGGAGAGAGAUGCAUCCAGCCCUCAUUGUCCCUGAGAGACUCUCCUAACAGAAAAAGAUCUUGCUUUCAAGUUUGUACUGACUUUAUUAAACAGCAUGAAUGAUAAACCUCUCCUUUGACACGUUAGAGACUUGUUUCCUUUGAUUCUACAUUACUGGGAGAAAAAGUAAAUGAAGCCCAGGAAAACACCUUUUAGAACAAAAUGCUUCCUUUGACGUAAAGUGCUGUGGCCUUCCUUCCUAUUGUGCUUAAUACCGCACCUGCCCAGAGUGGUUUGGGGGUGUAUGUGUGAUGCAAUCUGCUCCCCAGAGAUGGUGGGAUGGUGGGGGAGGCUGGUCCCAUUGCCAGCUCGGCCAGAAUCAACUCUGCCAGAGUGACUUCAUCCUUCCAUGUGAUAUAUUACAGUCCCCAUAAAUUUGCUCUUUUGCUAUUCAAAUAAAGGUAUAGAACCAUG